CACCGCUCCAUGUUUACACAUGUCUGCGCGUUCACGUGGAGGAGAUCUUCACUAUUAAAAUGUCUUCAAAGAAGAGUAAAAGCAAAUCGAAAAGAGCGAGUGAAGGAGACGGUUCACUGCUGUCGAAGGAGAGCUCAGAUGACCCCUCCAGCCUGCAGACACCUGGCCACGAGGGAGGAAGGUGCAGAAGUGUAAACAGCAACUCAUUCACUGUCAUCGAUUUCAUUGACAAAGCUGACGACAAAACACCUAAAAGUUGCAGAUCAGCGUUGGUCCAGCUGGGCCUCAACUCAAUGAAGUCAGCCAGCGUUUGCAUCGGGAGGCCGGUCCUGCUGACGAGUCCCACGGGACGACAAGAGGUGUGUUCCGGUUGGCCGGUUGCCUCCUUCCCUGGUGGACGAGUGGGUCUUCAGAAAUGUGCUCAGAAUAACCUGAGAGUGAAGUCUGGGGACAAGGUGAUGCUGCACCCACUGACGGGUCCUGUGCUCCAGGCCGAGGAGGUGCUUCUCUCAAACAGGUCAAAAGAUGACACACUGGAGACGGAUGAGUUCAAGAGCUUCCUGCUGCGGUCUCUGGUUGGGAACGUCAUUUUGCCAGGAAACCUCAUCUCCCUGACCUACUUCGGCCGGUCAUGCAGUCUGCGGGUGGAGUCCAUAAGAGGGGAGGACGGAGUCACCCUCCACAGACCAGCUCCUGCCCCAGACCUGGAGGAGUCCUCCGUGAUGAACUCCGUGCUGGACUCCACCUCAGCCGACCUCUCCCUGCAGCUCAGCCUGCUCACUGUGGAUGACAACAACAGCGCUGACGGGGCAGCGAGCCCGCCUGGAGAGCCGGGCCCCGCGGCCAGCACCCCGCGCCGACCGGCGCACCUCACUUUUGUCUCCUCGCCCCUUGCUCCUCGCACGCCGUCCUCCCAGAGUCCUCCUGCAGCGUCAGCAGAGGAGGCCGUCGGCCUGGAGAGCUCACUCAGCUCAGAGCAGGCAGAGAAACUCCCCACAGCUCCCCCUGGUGGUGCACUGAGUACUGACACCUUCUACCGCCUGUCCUGCUCCACUAAAGUCCGUGUCGGACACAGAGCAGGGCAGGAGGAUCCGGAUGCACAAGCUGAAAGGUCUAAGGUUAAAUACAGCAUGAUCGGGGGGCUCAGCAGCCAGUUGGACGUCAUCAGAGAGACCAUUGAGCUUCCUCUGAAACACCCCGAGUUGUUCUCUACCUACGGGAUCCCACCGCCCAGAGGAGUGCUUCUGUACGGCCCCCCCGGCACCGGGAAGACUAUGAUUGGACGAGCCAUAGCCAAUGAGGUCGGAGCUCACAUGACGGUGAUCAACGGCCCAGAGAUCAUGAGCAAAUUCUACGGUGAAACCGAAGCGAGGCUGAGGCAGAUAUUCAGUGAAGCGUCUCAGAGACAGCCUGCGAUAAUCUUCAUCGAUGAGCUGGAUGCUUUGUGCCCGAAGCGAGAGGGAGCGCAGAACGAGGUGGAGAAACGAGUCGUUGCUUCUCUCCUGACUCUGAUGGACGGGAUCGGUUCAGAGGGUCACUCGGGUCAGCUGUUGGUUCUGGGGGCCACAAACCGGCCCCAUGCCCUCGACCCCGCCCUGCGCCGACCAGGACGCUUCGACAAGGAGCUGGAGGUGGGAGUUCCUAGUGCUGCAGAGCGAGCAGAUAUUCUGCAGAAGCAGCUGAGCUUCGUGCCGUGCAGCGCCACUGCCGAGGAGGUGACGCAGCUGGCCGACGGCGCUCACGGAUACGUCGGAGCCGACCUCGCAGCUGUUUGCAAAGAGGCAGGUUUGCAUGCACUGAAGCGAACGCUGGGAGCAUCCCACCGACCGUCAGACCAGCAGCUGACUGGCACGGUGACCGUCACUCCGCAGGACCUCCAGUGGGCCAUGUCUGUAGUGAAGCCGAGCGCCAUGAGGGAGGUCGCUAUCGACGUCCCCAAGGUCCGCUGGUCGGAUGUCGGCGGGAUGGAGGAGGUGAAGCUGAAACUGAAGCAGGCCGUGGAGUGGCCUCUCAGGCACCCCGAGGCCUUCACCCGCAUGGGGAUCCAGCCACCUAAAGGAGUCCUGCUGUAUGGGCCCCCAGGCUGCUCCAAGACCAUGAUAGCCAAGGCCCUGGCUAAUGAAAGUGGGCUCAACUUCCUGGCUGUCAAAGGUCCAGAAUUACUGAGAAAGUAUGUUGGAGAGUCUGAAAGAGCCGUGAGAGAGGUGUUUAGGAAGGCGAGGGCCGUCGCUCCCUCCAUCAUCUUCUUCGAUGAGAUCGACGCCCUCGCCAGUGAAAGAGGAAGCUCCUCGGGCUCCGGCGGUGUAGGCGACCGGGUCCUGGCUCAGCUCCUGACAGAGAUGGACGGCAUCGAGCAGCUCCAGGAUGUCACCGUGCUGGCCGCCACCAACCGGCCCGACAUGAUCGAUAAGCCAAGUCGACACAUGGAGCGACUGAGAGAUGUCCAUCCCUGGCUUACCUGCGUCCCAGACCAUGCUCGCACACCUUCAAUGGAAAGCUACAUGGGAGUGUUUACUCAUCUGCGCUCUGACACAAAACCACUAAAAGACCACAUACCCGGCUAUAAACACACCGCAGUAAGCUUCAGCUUUGUGAUCUCCUGUGUGUUUUCACUCACAGUUAGCUUUUGUUGUGUGCAAUAAACAUGACUCAGUUGUUAGGUCAUGGGUAAACAUUUGCGUUGAGAUAAUGCACUUUCCACAAGCCAUUAAGAAGAGGGCUUAUUACAUAUGCAAAAAAAACCCUCAUGAAUGGGGCUUUAUAUAUUCUCUCAGGGAAAUAAAUGAAUGUUCUGCAUCUGUACAAAGUUGUCUAAGGACGCAAAGUAAUUAGUUGCCGAUAAAGCUUUGCUUCAAGAGGCAGUGUCCCUUGCAUUCUUCUACACCAUCAUUAUACAACCCGAGUAUCCGUCUCCUAUUUUUGUACGUCUACACAUCUGUCCUUUGACCUCACAACACUGGUAAGUAAGGAAUUCAAGCUUGUUCGACUGUCACACUCUUGACAACAUGAUAUGCUAAAUACCACGAAUGUAAGAACAGCGUGUAUGACCUGAACCCAAAUUAUUUCCUCAUCCGUCCAUAUUUGCAGAACAGCCUGUGUUUGCAACACAACACGGGGCUUUUCCUCCGCUCGCGCCCACAAUCCGUACGGAUUUCUUUCCUUUUAAAGAAAUGUGGAAAACUAUAAAAAGAAUGAGGUUGACUUGUUCUCUGCACAGAUUUUCCUGUGCUGCCCUUGAAAACCUUGGUUCUGUGCCUUGAUUACGGUGUGCGGUUUCUCCGAAGUCAAACAAAGCACACUAAAUGCAGCACGGCCAAUUGGUCCGAUCCCGAAUUAAGGCGGAGAGAAACCAAUUAGGAGACGGAAGCCACUAAUUAAAAGCUGCAUGCUCUACAGAUUGCAUCAAUUUUAUUUUCUUCAGCAAUGGCCAGGGCCGUAAUUUCAGAGAUCACUUGUACGCCAGUGCACAUUCCAGGACCGCUUGUGCACAGAGGAAGCACUGUCAGUCUACCGCUCUCCCUCGUUGGUAGUUUGGUAUAUGAUGAAAAUGAAAAAGCACAAACUGGGGAAAUUUGGAAAAGGUUGAGAGACUCCACAUCAUUCGGAAUAGACGAGGAACCAUUCAUUAGACGUUUUCAACAAGAGCCUGUUUCGCAGAAAUGUUUCCCCUUCCUGGAUUAGGUUCCGUGGAUUGCUGCCAAUACAUUUUGUGUGUUGUGAAUCGGAGAUUGCAUUAUGCUCGAGUGGUUUGGGUGGUUAACCAAUGCGCUUGCUUUGGAAAGCUGCAGGGAAACGUUGAGCACGUUGACCUGAGGAACGCCACAGGUUUGCUCUGAACACAUGGGCUCACAAAUGGCCGGGGCCUGUAUUAGCGAACAAACCGCUUCCAGAGUAAUGGUGUUCAUUUGGCAGAGUGACCCAGAGCACUUGUCUCUGUGCUCUCAUUGUAAAAUGAGGAAACACGAGGCAUGUUCUGUUGUUUUUUUUUGUGGUCAAAGCAGACGGGCAGCACUCCCAGAAAUAGGUAACAAAGUGAGCCAAAGAAUCACAAAACUUUGUACAUAGUUCCCUGACAAUGUUGCUGUGUGAUUAAAGAAACUCUGUGGACAUUGUUCCACACAUAAAGAACCCAAAAAUAAAGUCAGUGUGACAUAAAAUCGUAUUAGGAGUCUUUGAAAAAAGAAAAAGGACCCUUCUUGUUUUAUAUAAAGCUCAACUUCCUGAUUCUAUUUCUCCCUCAUUGUUUGUUAGGCGAUUACGUAACACCUCUUGGCAACUUUUCACCUUGAGCUGUUGUGUAACCAGUGAACAUGAACCUUCAUCAUAGCAAACACACACACACUUUAUAUCCAAUUUGUGAACAAAUUGGAUUUGUUGCGGAUUUGUUCCAGUGUUUGAAAUGGCAUUUGUGUGAUGCACUAGAAGUUAAAGCGAGGGAACAAACACAAACAACAGUCGGAUGCACAACAGACUCUUUCUGCUUGACCAUGUGACCCCGGGGCACCAGAUGUGUGAGCAGUUGGCCCAUUCUGUCCCAGUACACAAGUGUGUCCCGAGUCCUCUUGUCGUCGCUUCCUUCCCAGAAGUGACCGCUGCGAUAAAUCCCCCGCGGCCACCCCAACCCUUUUCUCCAAUGAUGGAGAGAAAAGGAAAAAAAGAGAGGAAGUAACUUAGACCUCUUCCCUUCCAUUCCACCUAAUGUUUUUUCCAGACCCUGAAGGCUGACCUUCCCUCUUGAACUGGAUUUUUUUCCUGUACCCUACACCUUGGAUUUCAGGAAAUGUACAAAACAGGAUAGCCUAGCACAACAUAUUUCUUCUGUCGGUUUUUCCUUUUUUUUGUUUGAGAGAAUCCAGUGACAUCAGCAGCCAAGGCUGCAGUGUUUUUCUGUUUUCCUCUGUACAGAAGUCGUGUCUGCAAUGGCAUUCAAAUCUUAGCUCUUCAUGAUGUGAUUGUUCAGCAAUACCCAAACCUUAUUCACUGACUGCCGAAGUUGUGACAUUUUAGUUUGAAGCAAGUCCUAACUCCGUUAGAAUAUAGUCAUUGAAAAGUUUAAUGCAACCUAGACAACAAAAGCCUUUCAAACUAGUCUUUUAACCGGCAAAUCACAAAAUCACUUCUUACUUUCUAACUUACUUACUUUUUAGAUUUUUUUACAAAAGCAAAGGUACAAACUGAUCCAAAGCAAGCAAACAGGCCUUGCAUUGCAGUCGUGUCCAAAGGAGCCAACUGUCCCCAAGUCAGAUGUGAUUUGAAUGUUGAAACGCUCGGAGCCAACGGUCCCCGAGCCCCUCUGUAACUAGUGGGCAGAAGGCCUUAUUUGCCUUUCAGGCCAGCAUGGGCUUUGCCACAUUGUUCAGGGAACAGGGAGCUGUUGAAAGCUACACACAGAGGUGACUGUGUCCUUUUCUGUUGGUCAAAGUCACAGUUGCCCGUUGACGGGUUGCCUGAUGAUUAUCACACCUGCGUUUGCUGGCAGUAUAUUCUCUUAAGUCUUUGGAAGUGCAUCUGUCCAAUCGCACCAUGUUCUUGAAGUAUUGAUUCCUAAAUAAAAAGUGCAGUUUUAUGAUUUCUCUUGGUACGAAUAGCCGCCCCUCCCCCUUGAUUUUAUUAGCCUGACUUUGUCUAACAGUACAAAGUGACUCCGUUGUAUAAUCUACUUUUAGCCUUCGGUUCCCGGGCAUUACGCACUGUACGCCCUCAGCGAUAAACACUUACAACUUAAAAAGCUGACACAAAGCUUUCCCAUUGCUGUCCUCGGUGUAUUUUUAGGAUGAAUGUGUUCAUUGGCAACUGCUGGUCGCUGCACCUGUCACUGUUUUCGGCGACACCAUAACUGUGUUGCGCCCGUACUCUGGACUCGCCCACUCUCCCCGUUCCCUACCAUGUUUGCUUUACCCGAUAUUUUUCCCUCUCCACAAUCAAGGGGGAAUUAUCUGUCUUCCGGACAGAAAAAGAGGCAGCCCACUAAUUUUAGAUUGACUUGAUUGAGCCCGGAGGCCAACGGGAUCAAACCCACAUCCGUUGAGAACCAGGGAUGCUAAUUCUAACCAUAACAUAGCUAACAUAUGUUUUGCUCUCCCCAAGCGCUGAUUUGAGACCUGCUAGAAGCGGAGCUCUGCACCCGCUGCAAAGGCCCAUUCUUUCUUGUGGCAUGUUUUGUGGGUAUUGGCCCACCAUGUGUAUAUUUAUAGAGACCGGGUCAUGACACAUGCACACGAACUACUUGUUCUUCUUAAGGACGUAAAGCACUCGCUUUCCAACGCUCGCUGUUUUUGUAAGUGUGAGUGGAGACGAUUUAUCGUAGCAUAAUUAAUUUUCAGGAUGUUGACCCUUCAUUUGUUUCAAUUACAUUCGUCAGGAAGCCUGUACAAUAAUCCUGCUUGUACAAGAGCAAUCACAUACCCAACUCUACACAUUUAGCUACUAAUGCUUGACAUUUAUUGCAAAUGUAUCAUUAUUUAGGCCAUGGGUAACUGGAAUACUGUAUAGUUGCUUUUUAAUUCAAGAACAGACUCAAUGAAAUACACUAAAAUAAAGAUAUACACCCCAUAACUUCACACUUCAGAUGUUUUUUCAAUUUUUGUGUUUCUCCGUAAUCUUUCAGUGUUCCCUUUGGCCUGUUUAUUUAUGAAGUAAACUUGCUUUAGCCUUCCUGAGAUGCAGUUUCACUUCUUCCAUCGGUAUUUACAGGUCUGAGAAAUAAUCAGUUUCUAGAUUUUUGUUUUCAUGGUCUUGUCGCUCUUUAGCUGCUGUUUUUAUGGAUUAAUUUAAUGGGAUUUUCUGAAUGCAUGCUGAUUAAACAAUAUAUGUUAUCUAAUUACAGUUUUGGUACUUUAAACAUAGGUGUGUUCUAAGUGGAAUUAGAUAAUUGUGAUCCAAUCAGACCAAAACUGCUGCAUGUCAAAGUCUGAC